AAAAAAAUAUCAAAUCUAUCAUUGAUAGACCUUUGAAAGAUGAUUUUCCCAAAGCCUUAUGUAGCAAGAAGAUACUUAUUUUCCUUUAGAUAUUCAUCUGGUUUGAGAUGCAAGUUAAAUCAUUUAUAUAGCAUCUUUCCUUCAGAAUGUAGAUUAAACACGCAAAGAACCUUUCAAACAUCAACUAUGCUCUUGUUUUAUUCUCCAUUUCCUCUUAAAAUUCGGAACACAUAUAUUAAUUAUAUUAAACUGAAAAAUUAUAAAAAAAAUCCAAGAAAUGUUACCCAUGAAAAUAUCUAUACGAUUCCAAAUUUUCUUACACUUUCUCGAUUAAUUGUUGCGCCAAUAACAGGCUACUGCAUUUUACAUGAACAACAUUUAUAUUCCGUUCUUUUUUUUAUUUAUGCAAGCCUAUCUGAUGUGCUAGAUGGAUGGAUUUCUCGGAAAUGGGACGUAAAAAGCAUUGCAGGAACAAUCCUUGAUCCAAUGGCUGAUAAAUUUUUUAUCAUCAUAUCAACACUUUGCCUUACUAUCAAACAACAAAUUCCAUACUAUCUUUUUUCCGUUAUUUUUGGAAAGGAUAUCCUUCUUGGAUUGUUUGCUAUAUAUUAUCGCUGGAUUUCUCUUAGUCCACCCUGCACAUUUGUACGAUAUUUUGAUUUUUCAAUACCAAGCGUCGAAAUAAAACCCACAUUAAUCAGCAAAAUAAAUACUGUACUACAACACUUGCUUAUCGGCAUAACCAUAAUACACCCUUUUAUUUACUCAGAAAUUCUAUCUGUUUUCCUUAUUCCAAUUCAGUUUUUUGUUUUUAUAACAACAAUUUGGUCAGGACUGUCAUACGUAUAUACUAAAAAUGCUAUUCUUAUCUUAAAUGCUCAAAAAAAUAAAUGA